AUGCACGAACAAGACCCCCCCGCCAACACCACCGCUUCCACAACCAUCACUAUCACCACAGACCCUCCCCCCGCCCUCACCCCUCCGAGCCCUCCCAACCGAGCCCUCUACUUCGCCUACGGCUCCAACCUCUCGUUCACGCAGAUGCGAAUGCGCUGCACCCACAACCCCGACCUCUCGUCCCGACCUGUGGCCAUCGCCCGUCUUGACCACUGGCGCUGGCUCAUCUGCCAGUACGGGUACGCGAACGUGAUCCCGCCCCAGGGGCUGCGCGUCGGCAGACAGAUCGAAUCCGGCGGCGAGGUGCCGAUCUCCGGCCGCGAGGAUACCGUAUACGGGGUGUUGUAUGAGAUGGAUGAGGCGGAUGAGACGCUUCUAGAUGGGUAUGAGGGUGUGGAUACGGAGCGUCCGGAGUCUGGGCAGACGGGGAAGGUGCCGCUGAGUGUAAGGCCGAAGGAGCAGGGGGGUGGGUCUUAUAAUAAGUGGUAUGUGGAUGCUGGGGUGACGAAGUGGUUGGUGGAUGAGGAGGAACGGAGGCGCUGGAUGGGCGAUGGGGAUGCGUCGACGACGAGGGUCUUGGUGUAUGUGGAUGAGGUGGGCGUGGUGGUCGAUAAGCCCAAUGAUGAGUAUAUUCCGAGGAUGAAUCGGGCAAUGCGCGAGGCCGAGACGAUAGGGUUUCCGAAGGAUUGGACGGACGAGGUGAUGAGGAAGUUUAUCCCGCCGAACUAG